AUGUCGGACAACAUCAUCGUCAAGGGUAUCGCGGGGACUUGCAUCACCUUCUCGUUCAUCCUGGCUGGAAACGCAAUCACGCAGUCCUUCAUGACCGUCCCCGCCCUCCUAGUCGACUUCCCCGCCGCAAACUCCCCCUCGCACAAAGACCGCGCCCGCCUCCUCGGCCGCCAAUGGCCUCUCUGCUGGACCGUAGGAAACCAGUUCUUCCGGCCCAUCUCCACGCUCGGAUUCCUGGGCUACGCGUACUCGGGCUACGCGGUGUACAGUGAGGGCGCUCUUGCGCGGAGCGACUGGAAGCUGUUUGGCGUUGCGGCGAUUAUGCAUUUGACUACUAUUCUGCAUUCGGCGCUGAAUAUGCAGCCGCUGAACGAUAAGUUGGAGGCACUUGCGGGGAGGGCAAAUGAUAAGGAGCUGGUUGAGGCGGAGACUGUGGCGAGGAAAUGGGCGAGCUGGAAUAGGCUGAGGUUGGUUACGCCGACGAUUGCUGGGGGGUUGGCGCUGUGGAAUUUGCUGUCUUUGUAG